AUCGGCUGUCUCUCUUUCCCUCUCUCUCUCUUUCUGUCGCUCCUUUUUUUUUUUUUUUUUUUUUGGCCUUGUCUUGUGUGGUGGCUGCGAUUCUGGGCAAUUCAUAGCGGGGACUUGGAAAUUAUUCUAGUCUAAUGGACGUACGGAUCACGGUUAUGCUUCAUCCAGCCGUUUGGGACGCGAGGACGAUGGUUUUAAACUGCUGUGUUUUUUCACGGAAAUCUGUCGGAUUGAAACGCGCGUAAAAACACUCGGCUGACGAUCGGAGGACGCAUUUAAACGUGGAUUUUUUUCAUUUUUUUUUAGGUGUGAUGAGACAAAGGAACAAAGGAUGCCUUAGAGGAGAGGUUGCCUAUAUGCCUGGAAACCUCUUCAAAGCACACCGCCAAAUGGAUCUAACGCCUCCCCCUGCCACCUCUAGAUCAUGAUACUUGGCUGAAGCUAUUCCGCUAUCUUUAUGAUCCCUCCUCCAUCUAUGGCGAACUAUAGCCAUGCAGGGGACCACACCAUCUUGCAGAAUGUCUCUCCUCUCGCCACGUUCCUCAAACUGACCUCUCUGGGUUUUAUCAUUGGAGUCGGCGUGGUUGGAAACCUCCUGAUCUCCAUCCUGCUGGUCAAAGACAAGAGCCUGCACCGAGCGCCCUACUAUUUCCUGCUGGACCUGUGCGCCUCUGACAUCCUGCGCUCCGCCAUCUGCUUCCCCUUUGUCUUCACCUCGGUCAAGAAUGGAUCUGCGUGGACCUACGGCACGCUGACCUGCAAGGUGAUCGCCUUCCUAGGUGUGCUCUCCUGUUUCCACACAGCGUUUAUGCUGUUUUGCGUCAGUGUCACGCGCUACCUUGCCAUCGCGCACCACCGUUUCUACACCAAGAGGCUGACCUUCUGGACCUGCUUAGCUGUCAUCUGCAUGGUGUGGACGUUGUCAGUGGCUAUGGCGUUCCCUCCAGUGCUAGACGUAGGGACGUAUUCUUUUAUCCGGGAGGAGGACCAGUGCACGUUCCAGCACCGUUCAUUCAGGGCGAAUGAUUCGCUGGGCUUCAUGCUCCUGCUGGCGCUCAUCCUCCUCGCCACACAGCUGGUUUACCUCAAGCUCAUCUUCUUCGUCCACGACCGUCGGAAGAUGAAGCCCGUCCAGUUCGUGCCUGCCGUCAGCCAGAACUGGACCUUCCACGGGCCAGGCGCAAGCGGGCAGGCGGCGGCAAACUGGCUGGCCGGAUUCGGUCGAGGCCCCACCCCGCCUACCUUGCUGGGAAUUCGGCAGAACAGCAACGCAGCGGGCCGCCGGCGUCUACUGGUAUUGGAUGAGUUCAAAACAGAGAAGAGGAUUAGUAGGAUGUUCUACAUCAUGACGUUUUUCUUCCUGGCUCUGUGGGGGCCCUAUCUGGUCGCCUGCUACUGGCGGGUGUUUGCGAGGGGCCCUGUAGUCCCUGGAGGCUACCUGACAGCAGCUGUGUGGAUGAGCUUUGCCCAGGCUGGGGUCAAUCCUUUCAUCUGCAUCUUCUCCAACAGGGAGCUUCGGCGCUGCUUCAGCACCACACUCCUCUACUGCAGAAAAUCCAGGUUACCAAGGGAACCCUACUGCGUUAUAUGAAGGUUUGCUGUGGGUUUUUUUCACAUCUAUGUCUCUAUUUCCCUGAUUGAUCUUGAUCUGGGCUCGUUCCCAUUGUACAGCGCACUCUCUCUUCUAUCUCUCUUCUCUUCAUCCUCCAGUUCCUGCUCCUCCUUCUCCUAAACCCUUGUUUUCAGAGGUAGAAGGUGGACCGGCAACCACCAGGCUCCGGCUGGGGUGAUUGAAUAUAAAACGUAUCAAACAUGGAGGCUGAAGGGAAUGGGAAUACGCAGGAGGUCUGGAUCCCCUCCUGUGUUUAUGUUCUAGUAAACAGACAUUGUUUUGGAAGGCCAUGCCAAUGCAGAGAAGCAAAAAGCUGGAAAAAAAAUUUGAAAAAAGAAUUGACAAAAUAAUAAAAACAACCCCUCUUGCUUUGGAUAUUUUGAA